GUUCAUAAUAACAAUACGUAUACAUUUUAUUGUACACAAAAUUAUUUUACACGUAAUAGUAAAUAUAAUCCAACGUGCAUAUAUUGUCAUUAUUAGGGUUCGGGACUUGUUGCAUUUGUAUAUUGUUUGAUAACAAUUGCAGAAUAGUCUGAAUAAUAUAUACAUUUGUUUUAAAUCAUAACGGAUCGAAAUACAAAAAUUUUAAUUGCAUGUUUUCGCAUAUUUCGCCGUUUUCUGAACGAAACGCAUAUUUUUUGACCAAUGUUGGCAAUUUAAUUGUUCUUCAUAGCAUAUUUACGCAGUUUUCGUUCGAUGUUAAGCAGAUAUAUUUUAAAGGUUAACAUUAUUAUUUUUUUUUUUUUUACUUUCAUGCAUUGGUCAAUAGAAUGAGUCAGGAUAGGGCAACAAGUAAAAUACCUAAUUGUUCCUGCGUGUUCUAUCAGUUACCGUAUAUCAUUUAGAGAAUUUUAAAGGAAAAUAAGGGUACUUUCCUGUUAUACGAGACUACCCUGUUUUUCGAUCACAUCACAAUCCUGUUAUCUAAGACUACAAAAAUGAUACUUUCCUGUUAUACGAGACUACGGCUAUUAUCGCGACUACCACCCAAGACUACCUCCGUUAUCGCGACCGGGAUAAUGUGGCAUAAUUUUAAACCGGUUUAUUUUAGCAAAUUUUAGGGAAUUUUAGGCCUAUCUCAAUUCUCAAAUGAUAUAAACGAUAUUCAUAAACUACAAUUAUAUUUAUUAUAUUAUAUAUAUAUCAUUACGUAUAUUAUCACCUUUUUAUAAAAGUAGACUGUUCUGCAGUCAUUUCGCUGUAGUCGUCUCGUCUGUCUCGUAUUCUCGUUAGUUACGUUUGUUGUAUUUUUCUAAUUUUUUUAUUAAUUAAUUAAUUAAUACGAUAUGGACAUGUGGUCUCUACCUCAAAGUGAAGAGGAUACAGUAAAGCUGCUUCAGGAACACGGUAUUUUACUUACGCAAAGACAAUGCAAGAAUGGUCAUGACGCUAAAUUAUACUUCGGAAAAUUGAUAUUUUGGAAGUGUAAUAUUAAAAAUUGUCAAAAAAAAAGUCAAGAGUUAACUUCAAUAAAAUGGUAUGAACAACAUUUGAAAAUAAAUAAUAAUACAGUAAUAGAUUGGAAUAACUAUUUGAGGGAAGUUUGUGUUCUAAAUAUUGAGGCAAGGAACCAAGGAAAAAUUGGAGGACGCGGAAAAAUUGUCGAAAUAGACGAAAGCUUAUUUUCCAAGCGCAAAAAUAAUACAGGCAGAAUUCUUCCACAACAGUGGAUUUUUGGAGGUCUAUGUUGUGAAACUAAGGAAUGUUUUUUGAUCCAGGUUCCUGAUCGGACCAUGUCUACUCUCCUAAAUGAAAUAUUAUUAAAUAUAAAAAAGGGAACAAAAAUGUAUUCUGAUUGUUGGCGGGCAUACAACUCUAGUGAACUUGAAACAGCGUGUUUUAAACAUUUUACAGUAAACCACAGCAAAAACUUUGUAGAUCCCCAAAGUGGAGCACAUACUCAAAAUGUAGAACGUCUAUGGGGAUCAGCAAAAUGGGGGAAUAAAAAACAUCGUGGAACUGCGCGUCAUCAUCUAAAAUCAUAUUUAGCUGAAUUCAUGUGAAGACAAAAUGCAAAAGAAUUUAAAUUCAUCGAAAUUUUAAAAACAAUAAAAAUUCAU